AUGUCUUGCAACCCAGAAGAAGACACGAAACACGGAGUCGGAGGAGCUCACAUCAACCUCAAGGUCAAGGGUCAUGAUGGAAAGGAGGUGUUUUUUAGGAUCAAGAGAAGCACCCAGCUGAAGAAGCUGAUGAAUGCUUAUGAUUUCAGAGAGCUUUAA